AUGGAAAAGCUCACGAUACCAGCAAAUCCGGAAAAUGACACCUUACUAUUUUUCGGCCAUCGCACCGACCUGCCUUAUAUGGUGUGCACACAACUGAUUGUUUACGGGCGCCGAAAUCAUAUGCCAUGUGAAUACGAGCUACACGCCGGAGCGAUGGGAAAGCACUUGGCGACAUUUAGCGAUUACGAAGCGAUCUUCCCGCAAAUCCUCACCUCGGAAACGUAUUCGCUGAAAAUCCCGCGUUACUGUUCGCCGAAGAUAGCCUUGGAUGUUGGAGACGCCAUGGACAUUAGCCCUGGAAUGCGUAUGCCCGGGUACGGUACCGCGAUCGUCACCUCCCAAGGCUACGGUGAUCCGAUGCAUAUCGCAUAUAACGGCUGGAUGGGUACGAAGUGCGCUUGGGUUAAUGUACAGAACGAGACCUAUGACGUGGCGAUCGAGGUGGUCGAGGUGUUGACCGGGGAGCUGACGAUCAACUUUUGCGAUGCGACAGAUAAAAACAAAUAUCUUGGAGUAGUAUGGGCACUGUUGCUCUUGGAGAGCCCACCGGAUUUCAAGCCCGUUUUGAAUUUCGACAUCAUCGAUGGG